AUGGAAGCACUCAAGAACCUCUCCCUCACAACCGGCACCUCCAUUAUGGAAAUUCUUUUUCCCACCGUCAAGAUUCUGGCCCCCCAUCUCCAAAAGAACCGCAAUUCCAUCCUCUCUGUUCCCCGCAGUACGCAUACAUACGGUUCUCACACCCGUCAAACCCUCGAUCUGUAUCCUUCCAGCACCGCCUCUGGCACUUCUCCUAUUCUCAUCUUCUUCUACGGCGGUGGACUCACUCGCGGUGAUAAAAUUCUCGAGGUCCCCAUCCUUGAUAAACUCGUUUAUCACAACUUGGGCUCUUUUUUCUCAAAACAAGGAAUCACAACUAUUAUUCCCGAUUAUCGACGUGUGGACAGCGAGACAGGUGGUGAAGGGGCCGUCUACCCCAGUGGAGGUGAAGAUGUAUCGGCCGUUCUCCAUUGGCUUUCCAAAACCGAUCUAUUAGACGGCAAAGGGAAUAAAAAACAAGUAUAUCUAAUGGGGAACUCAGCGGGUGGACUCCACAUCGCUACAUAUCUCCUUGAGCCCCGCUUUCUCGAGGAGAGAAAGUCAUGGCAGGGGAAAGCCAAAGUGUCAUUGAAAGGGGCGGUAGAGGUAGGAGUACCAUUCAGUUUUGAAGAGGCGUUGGCUGGUCGUAAAGAUAUGCUAGAAAAAUAUUAUGGAAGUGAUGGGGAUGUUCUUGCGAAAUGUCCUCAUGGAUUGUUGAAAGCGGUAGGAGAGAGUAAGAAAUCGAGAGAGGAAUUGGGUAUUCCGAAAUUGUUGGUUAUGAAUUCAGAGUAUGAUCCUGUGGACGAGAUUUUAAAACCUAAUGAUGGUUUUGUGAAGCUAGCAGAGAAAGUAUGGGAGGAGAAAAUUGAGGUCAUUAAGAUUGAAGGUCAUAAUCACAUUAGUCCACCGAUGGCUUUAAGUACUGGGGAGGGAGAGGAAUGGGGCGAGAAGGCGGCAGCAUGGAUUAAAAUAAAUUCUUAG